AUGGAUCGUCGCGCCCCGAGCUUCGCCGCCCAGAGCAUCCGUGUCAAGAUCCCCGACCAGCUGCCCACGCUGUUCGAGCCGCAGAAGGCCAUGCCGUACCCGCGCACCACCCGCUCCGGCAGCAACCCUGAAGCUGAAGACGGUGCGCGGCCGUCGCCGGAGCGUCGCCUCACCGUGCUGGCCCUGCAGCUGGCCGUGCUCGAGAAGGCGGCGAGCCGGCUGGGCACGCUGGCCUUCGUCUGGGCCACGGUCGUGCUGCUGGGCGGCUUCGCCAUCACGCUGAGCGGCACCGACUUCUGGUGCAUCACCGGCCUGCUCCUCAUCGAGGGCACCCGCAUCCUGGGCCGCAGCCAUGAGCUGGAGUGGCAGCACCACCAGGCCUCCCGCGCCGCCGUCCCCGCCUUCUUCUGGAUGCAGCUGCUCUCGGCGUCGGCGUGCGUUUCGCUCUCCCUCGUCCGCCUCAUCCACCAGCACUACGGCGGCACCGAGGAAGCCCGCACCAACCGUGCCGCGGCGCUCAACAUCUUCUACGGCCUCGCGCUCGCGGAGGCGCUGCUGUUCCUUGCCGAGAAGGCGCUGUGGGAGUGGAAGGUGGGCCACCGCCGCCUCCUCGAGUGCGUCGCCGACGACUGCAACCUCGCCGGCGACUACGGCCAGGUCGCCGUACGCCGCUUCUUCUACGACUCCUACUCGCGCUGCCUCGACGGCAGCAUCCUCGACGGCCUCCACAUGGGCCUCGUCUCUUACGCCGACGACCUCAUCACCGCGGGCUCGCACGAGGAGCAGAGCCUCGGCGCCGGCAUCCUCGUCGCGCUCGCCGAGUCUGACCGCUUCGCCGACGCCACGCUCCGCAGGAUCGGCGUCUCCGCGCCCACCAUCGAGCGCCUCAUCGAUAUGCUCAGCUGGAAGGGCUCCUCGGAGCGCGAUGUCCGCCGGUCGGCGGCCGUCGUCGUGUCCAUGCUCACUGGGAGGAAGCUCGUCGCGCUCCGUGUCACCGGCAUUCCAGGCGCCAUGGAGUCCGUCGCGUCGCUCCUUUACGCCGACCUCGACGAGCUCAACAUUCUCGGCCUCUCCAUCCUCAACAAGCUGGCGCAAGACCACGACAACUGCGACAAGAUCGGCAAGACCAGAGGCCUCCUCGAGAAGAUCAUCUCCUACUCCAGCAUCGACCAUGCGCUGGCGGCGACCACGCCGAGGGACAUGAGGCUCAAGGCGGUCAAGAAGUCGCUCCGCGUGGUCAAGAGGCUGGCCGGCACGACGGGGUACACCGGGAAGCUGCUCCGACGGGAGCUCACCGACAUCGUCUUCACCGUGAGCAACGUCAGGGAGAUCCUGCGGUGGCACGAAAAGAGGGUCCCGUCAGAGCUGCAUCAGCUGGCCAUCCAGAUACUCACGAGCCUCGCCAUGGACGAGGAGGCCAGGGAGAUCAUCGGCGGGACGGGGGACGUGGUGAGCGUGCUGGUCACCACGUUCUUGCCGGAGGAGUGUCAACAGGCGGACGCUGUACGGAUAGAGGCCGGCGAGGCGCUCGCGAUGCUGGCCCUGGAGAACAAGAAGAACUGCGGGGCGAUCCUAAUGGCUCUUGGCGGAGGGAUCGGGCGUCUCGUUGAUGCGCUGAACGACCCCGUCGUCGUCGUCGGUGCCGCCAGGAUCAUGCACAACCUCUGCUGCUACUCGGGUGACGAGUGGCAGCUCCAACUGAGAGGGGUCACCGUCGGCGCAGCCAAGGUGCUGCGGUGCAUCACGGUGGAGAAGGCCAAGAUCCUCAACAUCUUUAUCGGGCUCGCGGCGCAGAUGCUCCGGUUCAUGGAGCCAGGGGAGCUCCGGGGGAGCCUCGCCGCAGCGCGCGUGGUGGACACGGUGCUGGCGAGGUCGCUGGUGCAGGUGCUGCGGGAGUACAACCGCCCGUCCAUGGACGUGCCCCGGGCCCGACGGUACACCAUAGAGCUUGCCAUGGCCAUGAUGCGGUCGGACGCGCGCUACGUGUCCCUGUUCGUGGAGCUCGGCAUGGACAGCGAGCUGAGGCACGUGGCCAGGACCACCUCGCAGCUGGAGUGCUUCAACGUCUUCUCCGGCAGCGUCGGGCUCAGCCGCCGCGACACCAGCGUCUGUUCCCUCGUCAAGUCGGCGUUGGAGUUGAUGAACAAGGGCUGGAAUUAAGCCCUGAAAUUACCACAUAUACUGCAGACUGCUAUCUCUUGUAAUGUUCGUCUUUCUAUGCAUUAUGAUUUGGUACUCAUCGUGUAUCAUCUCACGCUACUUCCACUAGAGUAGUGCAUUCUGUAAAAGUAUAAUGUG